AUGACAUCCCACCUCCUAGACGAUGACAUCGCCCCACCUCCCUACAGCGAAACCGACAUCUACUCCGCCACUGGCGCCAAUAGCAGCAACAACGCUGGCAGCGGCCGCAAUCAUCCCAACUACAUCCCCAACACAACCCCAGCUGAGGCUGUCCCCCAGUAUGCCUCCACUGACAUCAACGACGCCUCCAGCACAGUCAUCUACACACCCCCCGGCUCCUCCACACCUAGCGAGGUCGCCGGCCCCAACUCUACCCAACCUCAUUUUCCCCUCGACGAUCAAGCAUCCUACAUAACAAAUGCCGCCGCCCAAGCAUAUUUCUCCACCCGCCCUGCGCCUCUCCCUCCAAGCGGGUACACCCGUCCGACGCUCGUGUACCCUAUUACCGUGACAGAGGAUUUGGGUCCUGAUUCCCUGCCAUAUCCCCCUGCUCUCGGAGUGAGGGAUAUCAAUGAGCAAGACUGGAGGACGUUUGUUAAUUUUCUGGGGCCUUGGUGGGUAGAUGUUGCUAAUCAACGGGCGUGGGAACGUAAAAGGGGGACCUCACCCCCUCCGUCGACGAUAACAACGACGACGACAGCAGCCACAAUACCGGGGGGGUUCCGAUCGGGGGAAUGGGAUGGAGGGCGGGAGAAGCAAGGGGAGGGGCAAGAAGGGGAAAGAAAUGAGAUGCCAAGCUGGGAGGAAAGGAAGAGACGCAUGGAGGAGACGGUAAGGGAGUGGAAUGAAGGGUUUUUUGGGCCAAGAGGGGUGAGGAUUAGGUUGAAUGUUCCUGAGAGAACCGUAGUAUCGAGGGGGGAGGGGGAUGGUAUGCCGGAGAUGAGGGAGGUGCCGCCAAUGCCUAUCUCUGAGGAGGCCGGUCAGAGUCAGGGUCAGGAUCAGGGCCAAGAGGGACAAAGGGAUACUGCCGCUGAAGAGGCUCGUCCAUCUCCCUCUGGAUCAGGAGGAGGCUUCUGGAACGCCUUCACAACCGGCUUCCGAGCCCGAGGGAGCAAUCGCCCCAACGCCAAUGCCAGCUCCAAUCCCAGCCCUAGCCCCCACAACCCCCGUCACCUCUCAGGAGGCUUCCACCUCGGCGCAAUCCACGUCGAACCAGACCGCAUCGCCAUCGGCAAUGCAUUCGUCGCAGACGGCCGCACAGGCACCCUCAAGAUUGGCGGGAUUGAGGCUGGACCGGAGGGGAUCAGUAUCAAUGGGACUAGGGUGCUGAGCAACCCUGUUCCAAUGCAUCCUCCUCAUAGGGGUUUUGGCCAUGGACCCUGGGGGGCAGCAAGGGGUCCUUGGGGAAGGGGGAGGGGUUGGGGAGCUUGGGGAGGACCAUGGGGAGGUCAUGGAUAUGGAGGGGGAAGGGGCUUCGGAGGGCAUGAGAGGUGUAACUCCUGGGGGAGAGGCCCAUUCGGCGAGGGACCCUCUCACUCUCACGGACAAGGAGAAGGCGAAGACGCCCCCCGCGGCCGAUCAACCCACCGUCACGGCGACCCCAGAGCCCGCUCUGUCUCAAGAUCCUCAACCUCUUCAAGCAGUAGCAGCGACUCCAUCUCCUCCUCAUCCUCCUCAAGUUCCUCAUCUUCUUCUGACGUCGACAGCAUCCUCUCCCUCCCCUCGCACGACGACCUCUCCCCCAGCCAGCUGCCCGUCGCCCGGCAACACCUCCUCAGCUUUCUCCAUCACCCCGAUCAGCCCAUCACUCGCGAACGAGUCCGUGCUGUGAGGGAGCAGAUCCGCCAAGCCCGGUAUUCCAACCCCAACCCUAGCUCUCCCCUGAGCGAGGAGAAUUUUGCUGUCCUCCGAGCAGAAGUCAAACAGUUCCUGAAAGAAUGGCGUGAGCUGGUUAAGCAACAGCGCAGGAAACGACGCGAGGAAAGAAAAGCCAGGAGGAAGGCGAAAAAGGAAGAGAGGCGCAGGAAGAAAAGGGAGAAGAAGGAGGCUAAGAAGGCGAGGAGGCAGGCACGUAGGCAGGAGAGAAGGACAAGGAGGUAUGGAUGUGGUGGGGAGAUACCACCAGUCGGGCCGGGGGAUAGCGUCUCGCAGGUUGGUGCUACCACCGGAGGUGUUGGGUUUGGAGCGGCUCAGGUGAGGUCGGCGCCGGCAACGCCUGUGGGGAGGGAGUUCCCUCGUUCCUAUCCAGAUAGCCCUCCUGCCCCGCCACCCCCUCCCCGUCCUGCCCCAGACUCCAACCCCCCUACGGGUUCACAAGCAAAGUACGCGCUUCUAUCAGACCUGGAGAUAGAGUACGCGCAGAAACACAGUGAGCUAGAGGCUCUGCAUGUGCAGAUGGUUGAAGAAGUGGAUCGAGAGGAGAAGGAGAGGCAGCAGAAACGAGCAAGGGAGGUCGAAAAGGAGAUAGAGGCGCUGGCGGAGAGGAUUGAGAAGGUUAGGACUGAGGCGGAUGAGGAGUUUGCCAGGGAGGUGGCGGCACAGGAGACGGCGGAGGUUGUUAGGGGGAGGGGUGGUGGUAGACUGCUUGAAUGCAACAUUAUAGGAGGUUUGAUGUGA